AUUUGCUUGCAGAUCGUAAGUUUUUAUUGGCACUGAAAUGCAAUAAUCUUGUAUUUGUAACUUUGCACUACAGUUAUGAGUUGCACGCGUUGUAUGGGCAUUGUAACUUAAUGAUCAUUAAUAUUAUGAAGCUGCGCUAUGGUCAUAUUAUUAGCAAUAAUAAUAUAUCUCGCUCCCACUGUCGUCGCACACAGUGAAACUAUAAAGCACGAGGAAGAAUGCAAGAUCGCCGACCUGUGCAUCCACGACAAGGUGCCGAUGUGCGGCAUCGACUCGUGCGGCGAGCUGCGCACCUUCAUCGACACGUGCGACAUGCACGAGUUCAACUGCGACAGCAAGAGAGAUUACAAAAGCCGGCCAAUCCACGAGUGCUGGGUGACGUGCAAGCGCGGACGCUCCUUCAAGAAGCCCGAGUUUAACGCCAACUGCAAUAUAGACAAUAAAAAUGCUAGAAUUUAA